UCUUAUUCGAUUUUGUUGAAUUGACUUAAGUUAAUACGUUUGUCGGCAUGCCGUGAAUGCAUAUGAUUUCUUAUGGUUUCGUUAUGGUAAAAAUUCCACCAAGUGAAUAGAAAAUUCAAAAUUAACGAUCGCCAUUAGAUCUGAACCUCCGCCACUAUGUCCGUGCGCAAUCGCCUCACAGCUCCACUCAUCCCAGCAGCAGAUACAUACCUGCGGCCUCAUCAACAAUCAUCACAGCGGAUCACAACAGCUCUACGGCGGAGACAGUGUCCUCUAUCAGCCGGGAGAGUGUUGCCACACCGGACAUUCCCACAUAUUCAACCCAUUAUCGUCAUCCAUUGUCGGUGCACAGCAGUCGCAACAGCAGCAGCAAUGCCAUCCAAGUCCUUUAUAGCAAUACCUAUUCGACGUCUAAGUCGACAAAUGCCGCCUGUACACCGCCUGAUGAUCCGGACAAUAUCAUUUACAUGGACAUUAACGAUUUAUAUCACAAAACUAGCACAGCCAAACUCAAUCAUUUCAGCGAAAUUACCCCAAAGUUUAGUGAUGAUUUAUACGCAACGGUCAAUCGUAAAACGAAAACCAAGUCUAAAGAAAGUGCUGUCGGUGAGCCGAGCAAAAUGUCUUUACCAGCCGAUGUUGUUGGUAAUGGUAAACAUUGCAGUAAUGAAUUUAUCGACAAAUCUAUUCGUUACGUUCAAAACUAUGAGACCGAUAAUUAUUUCGGUAAUCGCUAUGCUCAAACAACUGACCCUUACGGUCAAGAUUCGAUCGGUUUAGAAAAUCCACCUCCCCUACAACCGCGUAACACACAUUCAUUGCCUAGAAAUUCAGAAAUGUCUGGUGUAGAUUCAGCUGAUUCUUACGACAGUCACUACGCUACGCACCAAUCGCUAGGCAAUUUACGCAACAAUCAUUAUCACCACCACUAUUCCAAUACAAAAUCCGCUGAUUUUGAGCAGAUCUCGUCUGCAUAUAAUUCUCCGCAUCAUCUGAAAACAUCGUCUGAGAAGCUCGAAUAUGAAUUGUCACAUUCGAAUAUCUACUCAACGGUUCAGUACAAGAAACCUUCAAAUGAAGCUGAUGACGAUGACAUCAAUAAGUACACUUGGCUCCGUAGUUCGUCAUGCAAAGACAUUUACGAUACAGUUUACGAACCAUCGAAACAUGUAGACAAUUUUGAUCGGGAAUUUUUGGCAUUCAGUCGAAUUGAUUCGCCGGUCACACGGUACGAUGAUUCGCGGCGUUCUAUGUUUACGAUUUCGAAGAACCAUUCACUCGACAUUAAUCAAGAAUUUCUACCGUACGUCACCAAGGUGUAUUCGUCAAGUUAUCCGGGUAGCACAUACAAUACUAUCGAUAUGCCUCACAGACAUCGCUAUCAUUACGAUUUUACUGGAUCUCAAGAUGAACUGUCCCAUGACAGUUAUGAACUGCUGGAAAAGUCCGAAGAAGACAUUUACUUUAACAUUCGAGCUCAUGCUCACACGAGAUCAUGCUCGCUGGAUUCGGGUAAUUAUAUACCAAGUGACGAUGAAAGUGGAUCCGAAAUCGGUAUCGGAAAGUACCGGUUGCACAUGGAAGAAAAAUCGAAAAGUGCAGCCGACAUCAAUUACGACGACAUGUUUUUGAUGGAAGAUCCGAGAUAUUUACCGCGGGAAAAAUUGUGUGUCAAAUCUGACGGCAAUUUCUAUAAAGAAGUGAAAAAAGCAAUGGGUUCACGGACGUCGAGUCAGGAAUCGAAAAGCGAAUACUCGGAAUACAAACUUUCGAAAAGUAGCACGUCCAGCAAGAAAUCACGAGACAGUGUUUAUCACACGGACAGUAAAAAAUCCAGAGAAACUACGAAAAGCAAAACUUCUGGAUCUGGAUAUAACUCACGAGCGUCCAGUCAAGAUUCAUUCGUUGCCGACGGCUUACCUAAGAACUACGAAAUGCCAAAAACAACAAGCCAGCUCAUAAAGAAUUUGGCCAGCAAGACAUUGAUCGACCGUAAUUCGAGCAUUGAAUCGAAAAGUGAUUACUACGACGCUAAGAUGUCUAUGCCAAGUUUAGACAAAAGUUUCGAAAAUGAUGAAAUAGACGCUGAUCCGUCACUCUAUGGUAGACCGAAGGUUAAGUCACAUGACACGCUUCUCAUGGAAUUGAACAAAUCGAAUUAUUAUGACAGCGAAGCCAAUUACUCGUCAACAUUUCCAAGCAAUAAAUCCCAUAAGACAUCACAUGUGCACUCGAUUAGUCUUCAGAAUGUUGAAACUGAACGCACCAUUCGAUCCUACUCGUCGUAUUCUAAUACUCCUGAUACAACACAUGAAAACUGGAAAAAUAACGAAGGCAAAAACGACGAAUACCGACGCAGCUCAAGUGAAAAUAUUUUCAGUUUCGAUCAAGACAAAAUCGAAUCGUUAACCGGAAGCCAAGACACCCCGACGAGUUGUGAAAAAAAUAAACGAUCGCCGGAUUAUCCAAUGACACCGGAGCUAAUGUCAGAAUUCGAUAAACAGGUCAUUGAUUCGCCGCACUUGAAGAAGUCCAACCGGAAAGAAGAGCUCAUCGCCAAGACGCAUUUCGAAGAGUACAAUCCGAAAAUGUUAGUGGAUCCUGGAGUCUCGAUAUCCGGUACGAUGACGCCAUUGUCGUUCAACCAUGCUAUUGUCGAACGGACAAAAAGUGAUCCGAAUUCAUUGGCCAAUCGUUCUCGAUUAGCGUCGAAUUCUCGUCGUCAUGUUUUGAUGCAUCAGAAAUCGAUUGAUCUCACACCAGCCGAUACUAGUGACGAAGAGUAUUUUUACAAACAAAUUCCGAGUGCUCCUCCAGUUGUUUGCAAAAAUCACGGCCACUUUGACAUGACUAAGAGUUAUGAUUCUCCGAUGUCAGCAAUUGAUUUCCCCAAAUCUGGAUUCGAAUUACCAAAAAGUUUCUUCCGAGGUUUUGAUGGUACCGGUAUGAAAGACGAUAUUCCUUAUGUUUUACACAAGCGACAUGUGAUGAACGGCACAGCACCGUCUCCGAAACAAAAGCCGAAGUCUCCAAAGUCACCAAAAUCUCCGAAAUCACCCAAGUCUCCUAAAUCUCCUAAGCAAUUGAUCGAGCAAACACAGGGCAAUCUGUUAUCUGCUGAUAUUUUACCAGACAUUUUGGAUAAUUUAACUGCCUCAGACAACAACAAAAGCGGAUUUUUGUUUACUCAAAAUAUUGACCUCUCUAAGGUUGAUCCCGUGACGUUGGAAGUUGACAAAACGUCACCACCCAUACAACUGUCGAGCCCAAAACGUGAUAUAACCAAACGCAUGGAUCCGAAAAUGUUGGAAACGUUAAACAGUAAGUUAAGUCAAAUCGAAAGUGACUCUGCUACCAGCUCAAAAACUGACAGCUUGCAGAGAGAGAACAAGUUGAAGGACGAUGCAAAAAUGGUGGAGUUCCGUCACAAUUUGGAAGCAAAGAUUGGAUUGAAGAAGGAAAUUCUGGCAAUGAAACGAAUCAUUAAGCCGCGUGGAAGCAUUUCUAAGGGAAAACCACACAAAAAGAGCAAAAUUCGCAUAACAUCGUUCUCAUCGGAUGAUGAAAGCAUCGAUUCGGAUGAUGUGUUUGGUUCGGCAGAGGCAGUGCCGUCAAGAUUGGAGUUCUCACCUCCACAGUCUCGCAAAGAGAUCGAACCGAUUUUAAAGAUCGAACACAACAAAAUAAUGUCAGCUUGGGGUCGUGGACAAACGAUGAGCUCAACAGAGAUCGAAGGUUCUCCACCACAAUGUCGUCGCCUAGCCGAUCUCGAAAAUCGUUACAAUCAAAGUGUUGAUGCAACGUAUGUUAACCAAUCUGAAUUAAGACGCAUAUCGGAACGGUCUAUUUCGAUACCGAGUUCUGAGGAGGAAGGCGGUAUGCCACAGCCAAAGUAUGAACAAACAAGUCAAGGCUACCAUUUCACCGAGAAUAUUCCAUCGCCGAUAUUGGAAAGUUGUGAAUUUUUGCGCACUGAUGACGAGGUCUACGAAACGUGCCACGAAGAUAAGGCUUCUGAUAUGGACAUUGCAUACACUCUGAUCACAUCAAAGGAUGUAAAAUCAAAAAAGUCUCGAACGAAGAUGAUCGAGGAGCUCAUUGAUUCGUCGAUAAUAAAACGUUCCAAAGGACACGCUCCCGUUUUGUUUGCUCAUGCACGUUUGAAUUUGUCCGAAGGUUCGGCCUUCGCCUCUCUUCAACGUCAAAAAGCCACUCAAGAUUCUCCAACCUCUGGUCGCCGAGCGAAGAGUCUCGAUGCACCAGUUAUUUCGCUCCAUCGUCUGCCACCGAUGAACGCUUUUUCGUCGAAAGAUGAUACGGUAGGCUUCGAUGAAGAAAGCGAAAUUUUAGAAGAAAAGGCCUUGUCAAAGGCGCAAGUUGAGGGCGAAGAUCAAUUGGAUACCAUACAAUCCUGCAUUGAAUCAUUUCCCUCAUCCACUUUCAUUCAACAAACCGAUUCGGUGGUACAAAGUCGGUAUAUUGUGCUAGACAACGAAGAGGUUAAAUUACUAGAGCAGCUACAGUUUAUCGAAAAAAUCACUUUGCAAGGUGUAAAGGUUAAAGGAAAGAAGAAAUCAAGAUCUCGCAGAGCGGAUCAAUUCAUACUUGACAUUCCAAAAUACAAUUUCGACAAAUCUUCAAUGAGUUCCGGUAACAGUUCACGCAAAUCAUCUCCUGGCGUAAGUCGAGCGAGCAGCGUUGAAAGCACUGGACGUAGAAAAUAUAAACCAGGCCAAAAACCGUCGCCUAGAUCUUCGUUUGAUAAAAGUGGUUCGAAGGAGACACUGCUCUUACCUGACGAAAAUGGAAAAAAGAAAGAUCCCAAAAGGACGGGUUCACGAGAUCGACCGAAAUCUCUCGAAAAAGAGCCACGUCGAAUGAGUCGUGAAAAGAGCAAGUCCCAGGAAGAAUCUGAAGUGGAUAUAGCAAAACGUAAGGAGCGCCAACAAAAGCUCUACGAAUCGGCAAUGAAGCAAACCAUAACAAUGUUGAGCCCAGUGUCAGAUUCUUUACCACCAUUUCCUGUACCAGAAGACAAAAUUUCUGUUAAAACGGAGGGCGACAAAAUAAUAAUUGACACUGAAUUUCGGUCAAAGGCUGAAGACCAUGUAUUAAUAGCAAAAGCUCCUCGAAAGCUCGACAGUUCCUUGAUUAAAUUCAGUAGAAGCUUCGACGAAAAUCGAAGUCAAGAAAAAGUUGACAAAGCAAAUCGAAGCUUUGAAGAUCGCAAUAAAUCUUUGGAUGAUUCUGACAAGUCAGACAACCCCGAUGAAAUGCUUCUUAAGUCUCCGCGUAAGAUAAUGAAAAGUCAAGAGAUAAAACAAAUUAUUGAAGGCUCUGUAGUGCAUAAGAAAUUCGAGGGCAAAUCGAAAAGUCUGGAAAAGAAAACAACGGAGCAGCAUUUCCUUGAUGUCGAAAUAAAAACACGAAGCUUGGAUCGAAGCUUUGAGUUUAACUCUUCACCGGAAUCCGACACAAAUUUUGUGACUCAAGAAGUAGUCCACGUCAUGGUACAUUCGAAACCAAAAAGUGAAUCGUCCGACUCGGAUCGUCCUGUGCAAAGUCCACGGCGCAGCACAACAACAUCGACAGACUCAGACAGUCGAUCUCAGGAUGAAAGAUCAACUGUUCGUAGUAGCGGCACAGUCUGGCUAUCACUUGAUGAAAGGAAAUCGGUACCACGACAAGUCGUUGAACGCCGAACGGUAUCUCAGUCGGAAAAUGUUGUAGAAGAAUUGGACAUGCAGGACGUAAUUAUUGAAAGGAGGAAAUUGGAGUGGAUGAAACGGCAAUCUUUCCCAUCGGAAGAUCGGAAGGAAUCCACGACCGAGGAAGAGUCACGACCGAAACAACCUGUUCCGCACCAACGAGUUCCGACAAUAGAAUAUGAAGAACCAUCAGUCGAGGAGGAAUUAUCUAAAGAAGAGGAGGACGAAGAAGAGGAAGAUGAUGAUGAAGAAGAAGAAAAUGUUCAAACGAUUACCAGGAAGUCCAGCAUUGAGCGAUUUACAUGUGAAACCGAGAUUAACAGGCCAGAUAAAUCAUCAAAUAUACCAGAUGUUGUACGCAUUGAUAACAGACCGAAAACAUUAGAAGAAUUCCCAAAACAGCACACCCCUUGUGAUAGGACUGACAGCAGUAUGAGUAUUGUUGUUACACCACCAGAAACUUCUCAAGUAACUGAGAAGUCGUAUGCAUCUGUGACAAAACCCACAGAAAUUGAAAAACCAGCACGGAAAUUUUCACCAAAAUCUAGCGUUGAUCGAUCACGCAGUUCCGACACAAGUUCUUGGGGAAGUGUGGACAAAGAUUUGAGUCCAGUAUGUGAUCAGCCGCAUUCAAAUGCUUUGAAAGCAUCGCUAGAAGUAACAAGAGAUAAAAGCUCGUUUGAAGACGAAUCGAGCGUUAGUUGUUCUAUAUCGCGUCCUCUUGGAAUUUCGCAAGACUUUGAUGCUUUCGAUCAAACUCACUGCAAUGAACUCAGAGAGAAUAUGCUGCUCAAACUAAAACCAGACUCUGAUACCGAAGAUGAAGCUCCAACACCGAUUCGCAAGGUAUCAACGCCAACGCUGGAGAAGCAGAAUCCAAUUGAUUUAGGUUCGGGGUCUGAGUUAGACUUAGAUCCAAUUGAAGAACGAAUCUCAAAAAUCUUAGCACGCGAUGACAGUGACACCAGCUCCGGUUCAGCUCAGAAACCGAAAAUUGUAAAACCACUACGUGAAUCGGGUCAUAAAAAGCUCUGCCGUAUUGCUGACGGACCAAAAUCUCCCACUGAAAAAGCACCAAAGCUGGCACCGAAGAAAUUGUUACAAACCAAUUGUGACCGCAGCUCUCUGGAAUCCAAGUCAAGUGUGGAAUCCAAAGGUUCACUAAGCGUAGAAUCAUUUGAAACGGGGACUGAAAGCAGCUCUGGAUCUCUUGGAGCCGCACAAAGACGUGGAGAUUUAUUGCAAAAGGAACAGCAGUCUACAUGGAAAGCAUUUCCAAUUGAAAGUUCGGGUAGCUCUAGCAUUGAAGAUAAUUGGGCACCACCCGAACAAGAUAGCUAUGAGAACUACGACGCCAGCGCACCCAAAAGUUCAGAUGAGUUUUCCGGAAAGGAACAAUCACCUGACGACCAGAAAGAGAGCGAUAGCAGUUUUCAAGAUGAUUUAAAUGACUUUCCAGCCAACUUUGGUUACCCCUCGAUGACAAGUAAUGUCGGCGGAAUUGGAGUGAAUCCUUCCGAUAUUAUUGGCUACAGUUCCAAUUUUACAUUAGGCCGAACGUUGUCUCGCAUCUCUGAACGUAGCACAAAUUCUGAAAAAUCGAGCAUGGAUGAUGAACUGAGCAAGGCUUCAUCUCAUUCUGAAAGUGUUCGAGAAGAAUCGGCAGUGUCUACUGAUCAUCAAGCAAGUUUAUCAUCGGAUUCCCGUAGUAACACAAAUCUUGCAUACAUCUCCGAUGCUGAUCGUCGUACGUCAGCCGAAAUGCCAGAAAUACCGUGUGACUCAGCCACCGGUGAACGAUUAUCCGAUUUAUAUAAAGCAGGUCGAUCAGCAUCGGUGAAGGGUCGAUUUUGCGUAACGCAAGUGGCUGUAGAAGAAGCAGCUCGCGGUUCGCGAAGAGGGUGUCACAAUACCGAUAGACCAACAUUGGAAUGUCUUUCUAAUGGUGGCAGUCAGGAUUCGGAGGAUUGGCCAUUACCAGAAAUUCCGUACGACUACGUACCCGUUGCACAUAUAGAAAAUGUCCCAUCGAUCGAUCGUACACAAUCGAAACGGCGUCCUACAGAAUCAGACGCCGAAAAUUGGCCAUCUCCGCCUGAAAGAGUUGUUGAAACUGCAAUUGUGGAAAACGUUGAAACAUUCUAUAUUAGUGAGCCUCAAAGUGCCACACAGGUGAUGAUUGAUUCAUUUACUGAAGCGUCUGCCGAAGAUGAUUCACCUGAAAAGGAAGCCACUGCAUCGACGAUCAACGCUUUACCGUACGAAAAAACUGCAUAUUUAAUGUCAUCCUCCCCCGUUGGAAAUCAAUUAGAUUCCAAAUGUUUAGGACAGAUUCAAUAUGAACCAGCCACUUGUCUCAGUUCAACACUUGUUACAUCCACUUGUCUACGAACUUCAUUUGAUGCAUGCUGCAAUCCUUCAAUCAAAGAAUCCAUUAUCAGUGACACGCCUCAUCCUGAUACAGUAAUUAUCUGUCAGCCAACGAGAUCACCUCAGAGUCCUAUGUCUGAAGAUGACAUUUACUUUUGUGAUGAUGUUUUCGGUCCAGGAACUGUGAAAAUUGAAAUUUCCCCAGAUGACUCUCGUCCAAUCGAAUAUAUGGGACGUAAAUUUUCUCGUGGAUCCAAUAAUUCUGAUACGUCGAUUGAUGACAUUUUGUCGGCUACGUACACUGACGAUCCGACAGUGGUUCGAAGGAAUUUGGAGCCAAGAUUAAGUACUGGUUCAUGUAAGAAAUGCAGUCAUAGUAGUCACUCUGAAGAGGAGACUAGUUCAUUAGGAACUGAUAUUGAUGGAACUGUGCGGAUGGGACUGCAACAGAAAAAGUGUACUCAUAGCAGUCAUUCGGAAGACACUUCGAUCGGUUUAAGUAUUUCGGAAUGGAGUACUGGCACGAAUACUGUUAGACAGUACGCCAACCUUUCGGGAUCUGACAGUUUAUCAGCCGUGUCUAAUCAUUCAGGUGGUGUCAAAAGCGAAAAUCAGACUAAGUCUAGCCUAAGUUCUUUAAACAAAUCGACGGAAAGCUUGAACGAAAAAAGUGGAAGUUUGUCCAGUAGCAAAAAUAAGUUUGUACACGGAUCGGACAACCAUAGGUAUGAACUUCUUUCCAAUUCCGAUACGGACAAACAAACUGAAUCUGGAACAAAAAGUGAUGAGACUACACUCACUUUAACAGAAAUUGCACAAACUAUAACGGAAUGGUCGACUAGCAGUAGCCGAACUUUAAUGGCCGAAGCACAGUCUCAUUCUUUAGUUGAUUCCAAACCUAGAUUGCAACCAAAGCCGUCGGGUGGAAUUGAAUAUGUUCCUCUGAAGCAUCCAAGAAAUUCACGGAAGCAAAAUUCACCACCUGAGAAUCCCAUAAUUCCAGCAGUUCAUCGAAAGUCUCUAGAACAAUCAUCCGAUGAAAAUGACAAAAAUUCUCCUCCUCGUUCGACAGAACGUCCAAUGAAAAUUCCACCUCGAAUUGUUGAUAUGCAAGAAAAGAAACCGACACUAACGUCUGCCGAAGAUACAGCUAAGAAGCGUAGAUCCCUUGAAUUGAUGUCACAACGAUAUCAGAGUCAGGACAUUUCCUCUGACAGUGACGCAUUCAUUGAGAAGCUUUAUGGUCAGAAUGAUAAGCUUACUGAACGAUAUCAGAGCCAAGAGUUCUCACCGUUUGCUUCCAUUAGACCGAAAGAACCGUCACCGUACGAUAAACCGUUGAUCAAACACCACAGUUACGAUGACAAAACUCUAUCGAAAAAUCAAAUCCGUGAAUACAAAACCGCAUUAAAGCUACGUCAAAGUCAGUCGUUCCACGAGCAUUUGAUUUCUUCGGCCGAAUUUCCAGCUAUCAAUGAAGAAUCAUCAACCACAACACACACCAGCGAGACAACCACCAGCACUGACAAUUCAUCGCCGAUGCCUACGCGCCCAGACAAACUUUCCAAGUGCUCACCGUAUUACUCAAGCAGUUUGAGUUCUGAAUCACCUCCGCAACAACUCAUGCAGAAACCGCCGAGAAAAUCGUCGCUUCCACGAAAUAUCUUACCGAAAAGUCCGCCAAGUGGAAACGACACCGACAGUUCGUUAGACUUCCGUCAACAAGAUCCCAAGCUUCGAACACGCGGAUAUCGCAAAAAGCGACCGGCACCCAAUAAGCGUUCACGAGUCGAUAAAGUACCCGUUCUCAUUGAACAGGAAAGUUCGGAAUGUUCAGAGGGCUACUUCCAAGAAAUCGACUCCGGCAGCUCCGAUCUUUCGAAAGUCAGCUCAACCGAUCAAAAAUAUCCAGAUUUUGAUGAAGAACAAGAGCAAAUGACGGAUGAAUAUGAGAAUGAUGGGAAGUACCAACCAUACCCGAGCACUUCAUAUUCCAGUAAAUUCGAAAGUUUAGACAUGUCCCAUGACAAUGUCGACGAAAUGGGAUUUCCUCGUUACGAUCGAUUAGGUCACAUUACGAAUCCAAUUUACAAAAGUGAAUCGUCCCAGCCACCACAGAAACCACAACGACAAAAGAAACGACAAUUGAAGCGCGAAGAAUCAGUUGCUUCCGACGAAUUCGCAAUGAACGAAUAUCAACGAAACGAAUACACCAGCACACCAGACGGUAGUUGUAGUGGAAAUGAAGGCACAGGAGCCGGUUUGUCAGACGAAAUGUGUUAUUCCAGCGAAGAUAGCUAUCGAACGGGUGUCACAUCCGUAGUACGAAUCCCCGUUGAUGGCAGUCUUCCGUAUCCGGAUUUUCUAUCGGAUUGUGAUACAGAUGGUGCUGGCAUGGCCUAUUUUUCCAAUCAAUCUGAUUACGGUUCCGAAUUUGAAGUACCGAUUGUACCGCCACCAGCUUUCGGUGGAGAUUCGGAUGCAAGUGAUAAUUAAAAUGGUCUGAACUCUGAACAUAAAACAUAAACGUAUAGACUGUGUGCAGCGCAUAUUUUGCACUGCGUUUAUCGAGGAAACGGUUGGCUUAGUUUUACAAAAUACUUUUUAUGAAAAUCUUACAUUUGAUACCCUCAAAUUCCUGGCUAAGACUGACGGCAAACACUUGCUUGGAGCGUCCGCGAAUGCUAAAUGAUUUAAAUGUAACUUUGCUAGACGAAAAUGUUGAAUAUUUUGUUGAUUCCCGUAGAAAGAGAGCAUUGAUAAAUAUAAGCAUCAAUUUGAUAAAUUAAUAGAAAGCCAACAUUCCCAUUACGUUAAUAUAGUCAGCCCUUGCAGCAACGGACAUGCACGAAGUAAUCGAUAAGAAAAAAUGGCACGAAAAAGGAAUCCUCAAUAAAGUGAUAGAAACGUUUUAAAUUUAAAUCUUAGGAGCAGUGUUAAGGUGAACUAGUUACAACAAUUAACGCCCAUGGCCUUGGAAUGUAAAAACACUUUUUUCGCGAAAUUGCAUCGAAUGUGAAAAGAAUACAAUGCUUUGAGCUUGAUGUUGCCUUUUAUACGAUUGCGUUGAGUUAGACAUGACCUGAAGAUUUGAGAGACAUUUUACAAAGAUAAGUGAUCAUCAACUUGGUAAUGCAAGCAAUAUAGAAUUGUGAAAGAUUUUCUCAAUUAGCUCAAAUACUAGCUCAAUCUUGAUCUCAGCACAGAAGCUCACUUUUCUCAGUGGCGUCAAUCAUUAAUUUAGUCCCAUUUGUGGGGACGUAAACAACAACUGACCAGGGGUAUUUUUUGGGAAAUAAAUUUCCUGAAUUUGUUGAGUACGCCCUGACAGCGGAUACGUUACUUUUUUUUAUGAAUGACACCAGCUUUAUGUAAAACUAGUAAGGCUGAAAACGCACGAACAUUUUUGUGUUACUGAUAGCGACAACUAUGCUGCGAUUUCCAUUCUUUAGCGAUUGCUACAAAUCGAAUUACUAAGGAAAUCGCAGCAUGUAACUGUCGAUUUCAGGAACACAAAUUUGUUCGUGUCUUUUAGGCCUAACGUAAUGAAUGGAAUUGUUGAAACAACGGCGUAAACAAUCACUAAACAACAUUGAAUCGGAAACUGCUCAAUAUAAAACUAACCAAAUUUUUCGACCUUUUAUGCCAAACGAAGCUCAAUUAAUCGAACGAUUUUAAACCGACAACAAAUUUCAUUGAACAUUUUCUUAAGAUAGAGAAAUAAAGGACCCCCUUAAUAUAUUAUUAUGUGCCAAACAAAAAGACUUGUUAUGUUCCAUAAAUUAAAUAAAAAAUCUUUUGAAACAUUUUUAUAUUUAAAAAAUUUCAAUUGAACAACUAAGAGAAAAAAAAUGUUUUUUCGUUUCGUUUUCAGUCAAAUUAUGAUAAAAAAAAUGAGAAAAAAAUUUACAAAAAAAUUAUUUAGAUUUCAUUAAAAAGUUAGUGAAAACAAAAUGAGUUUGAUGUCUUCGAAAUCAUUAGAAAUAAUUUUAGAUAAAUAAAAAUAUAAAUUUAUGAGUCACUCAUUAUAUAUAAACAAAAACCAAAAAAAAACUAUUUAACGUUACACAUUAAAUUACCAAAAAAAGAAGAAAGAAUUUAGAAUAAAAAUAUUUACCCCGAUCGCUUUUGAAGUUAGUUUCAUUAUGAAAGGACAGAAACAGAAAUCUUAACAAAAUUAACACACACAGAAAGACACACAAUCUAGUGCUGUUAGAGCAAUCAAAAUUAGUAAUUAAGUCAAGUCAUUAAAAACAAUUUUUAUCCCCGGAUUGAUCGAAUUUCAUUUUAUUUCGGAAAUAUUUUCCGUAAACUAGAGCAAUGAUUAAAAACUGAAAAACUAUGAAAUGCAAAAGGUUGUAUAGUGGAAUCUGCAGUUCUCAGAAGGAUAAACUUGAUAUUAGUAAAAAAAAAAAAACCAGGAAGACUUUCAAAAAAUACUUUUAUUAUGUAAAACCAAAUUUUUAUACAUCGCAACUGAUUUUACCAAAAACAAUUCUGUCCCACGAUAAAGAAAGUUGUCCAAUUGUGACAUAUUUGGACCGACACAUAUUUGAAGACAAAAAUAGGAACUUCCAAGAAGAGCGAAGCGAGAUCUGCUUGAAUGAAAUUUUCUGUAUCUUUCUUUCCUCUGCGUUUUUACUCAAUGUUUUUUUAUGCCAAAAAUUCGAUUUUGUUCACUGCAGUCACUGCAGAAAAUGUUUGACUAACUGCAGCCCCGGUAAAUCAAUACUACAGUAAUGUACAGCAAGUCAUUACUACAUUGACAUGAGCGUUAAAACUCAUUUCCCGUUGGCUUAGUGAGCAUAAUACCUUACGUAACUGUUUGGGCGCUGCAACCUUCACACUUGACAUAAAAGAAAUUUCCAAAGAGGGAUGUAUUCUACAAUACUUUCAUGGCGCUCGCUUUUCUUUGAAGAAAAGAGCGGGGAAAAUUCACAUUUUCUUCACUGAAUUGUCAAUUCUCAGAGUGAUAGUUUAUACUAUUUUCGUGUGUUAAAUACGAAAAUGCCUAGAAACCACCAGCCAAGAUAGACAUGAGUAAGAGGAGGAAAACUCGAGAAAAUUAUAUAAAACUCUCUUUUUCGGACCGACCUAUGAAUAUAGAGAGAACCGCGAAUCGCUCGAGUCGGAAUCUCCUAGUUUCUUCCAGAGGUGAACACAGCGUUUUUAUAUUUGCUAGGCGUGAUUCGUCGUUUUUCUCCACGAAACGAAAAACUUUCUCAGUUUUUCAGAACAACAACAAAGGUGACAGUUCGGAGGAGAAAAUUUCUAUACUGUCAAAACAAGAGGAGAUAAAUAGACAUUUUCUUUUCCGAACUGUCAUCUUUGUUGUUGUUUUGAAUAAAUGUGUAUGUUUUUCGUUUCCGGUAGAAAACCAGCUAAUCACACCUCGCAAAUAAGAAAAGAGAUUUGUAACAACAUUAAAAGUCUUUUAUUUCUUUACAAACACAAUUUUUAGUUGGAAAAUUCACCGAAAAUAAUUGGAUCGACGCGCUUCCUUUGAAAAAAGCAAAACGUUUUGUAUGAGUGCCAAAUUUUUUUGAAAAUUGAAAUAAAGGAAAACUAUAUACACACAAAGUUUAAACAAAUUAAUUAUUACACACAAAACACUCACGUAUAAUUAUUACAUAAUAACAAAAAAUUAUAUUUAAAACAAUAUAACCAAACAUCGCCAAAUUAUUUACUCGAAUGAUUAUUGAAACAAAAUGUAUAACAAUUUUUGAAUGCAUUUAUUUCUAAUCUAUUAAUGAAAAAUUUGCUAACGAAAUGAUUCUAUUAAAACUAAUUUAAUUAAUAAAGAAAAAGUGAAAAACAAUGGAACAAAAGAAACUAAAAAGCGAGCAGUACUCGGAACCUAAAACUUAUAUUUAUUGUUGUGAUUCGUGAUAAAUUUAUCGUAUUAACUAAAAAUUAAAUUGUAAAUU